AUGGGCAAGGAUACGUUAUGCCCGAAUGUUCAACAGAACAUUGUGGUGGUGUGCACUGAGGAUGAACAGCGGGCUAGGAGAUAUGCGAACGUGGAGGUGUUGGUGGUGGAAGGGAAGAGCUUCAAGACGAAGGCGUACGUGGCGGCUCCGUAUGGGACGACGAAGGGAGUCAUCAGAGGUGUGCCGUUGGAGCAUUCGGCGGAGGACAUUGACAGGAACGUGGUGGGCCCGAGGAAUCCGACUGCGAGGGCGACACAGCGCAUUGGAUCGUCGGCUACGGUCAUUGUGGUCUUUGAAGGUGAAGUGGUGCCAAGACAAGCGUAUUAUGGUGGAGGAGUUUUGAGAUGUUCUUUGUAUAGGAAGCAUUUUGAGGUCUGUUUUGUGUGUGGGAGGGUAGGACAUCGCGCGGAUGUCUGCCCUACCCCGGAGAUGAAGCGGUGUAUGGGGUGUGGGGUUAGUGGGCAACAGGAGCACGAGUGCACCCCUAGGUGCAAGCUAUGUGGGGGACAACACGUGACCGGGGAUAGGGUGUGUAGGAACAGGUUCCGCACACCGUAUAUUGUACGGAAAAGGUGGUGGGAACGUAAAGAGUUGGAUCAUGAGUCGAGAGGGGGCUCCCUUUCCGGUGCAGGGGCUCUGAGGGGAGAAGAUUUUCCGGACUUGGGAGGGUCCAGGUCGGUUUCGAGGGAAAGGGGGGAUAGUAGGUCGAGGAGUAGGAGCAGAGGGGAGGAAAGACAGGUGUCAUGCGCACAGGUGAAGUCGGAUGAUGAGGAGAUGGAAAAGCUCAGGGUGGAUAAUAGGCGGCAGGCCGGGGAGAUCACGGAGCUGAGGAAGGAGAACAAAGGGCUGAUGGAGAAGGUUGAGGAGCUCACCGGGGUUAUUAAGCAAUUGGCGGCUAAGAUGGAGAAGAUUGCGGCGGAGGGGGAGCCUUCUCAUCUGGGGGCGCCACCGGCUAAGAGAAAGAGUGCGGGGGGUGGAGGUGGUAGUGAUGUGUGGGGAAUGGAGAAGCAGAUAAUAGAUUUGAAUGAGAGGGUGGUGCGGCAGGAGGGAGGGUUGAGGAAGGUGAAUGAGAAGUUGGAUGAGGUGGCAAGGGUUGUCAUGGGGAUUGAGUCGUUCUUAACACAAUGGAAGAAGUAG